AUGAUUCCAAGUUUAAGAGUUUUAGCACGUUCAGCUUGGAAGGGUCCUAAUAUUGUUCCCUUACCUAUAAGAGAAGCUAUGGCUAAAGGUACACCAAUUAGAACUAAUGCUAGAAGUGCUACUAUUCUUCCUCAGUUUGUUGGAUUGAAGUUUCAAGUUCAUAAUGGUAAGGAUUACGUUGCUUUUGAAGUGACUGAGGAUAUGGUUGGGAACAAAUUGGGACAGUUUGUUCCAACAAGAAAGAGAUUUAGAUAUACUCAAACUAAGAAUAAAUAG